UGCCGCUCAGCUCCUGACUGAACUUGGCGGGAGCGUCUGUGGCGGUUGGAGGUAGCGGCGGCUCUUGCUGCCCCGGGCCGGGUCUGUGGAGGCGGGGGCCGGGCCUAGCCCUCAGCACCCGCUGGGGCGCCCUAGGAGGUGCGGGGAUAGCGACUUUGUGCCCCCAGCGGCUGCCUUUGCUGGGUGGUGCUCGCCCCAGCGUGACUGGAGGCCGUUUGGGCCUCGUCCAUCCCCGCGCCUCGCUCGCUUUGGGGCUGCGGGGGGCUUCUCCGCAGCGGUGCUCAGCCGGGGCGGGUGCGAGGUGUGCCAGCUCCCGCCCGCGAGAAACCCAGAGGCUGCCCAGGGUGUCGGUGCUAGCCGUGGUGCUCCGAGACUGAAAGAAAUGCGUCAACCUUGAGCUCCGGAUCCAGAAUGACACCUCUCGUUAGACCAGCUGGGAAGUGGCACGAAAUAUCUCUUUUCGGAAAGCUCGUUAGGCCAGCUGAGAAAUUGCCAAAAAAAAAAAAAAAAAAAACUUUUCUGCCAAACUUGAAAGCUGCUUUUUCGAGGGGAAAUAGCUGCGAAGAUGGUAGAUCCAGUAGAAGACAACAGGCUUGAUCUUCCUGAUUAUGAGCAUACAGAAGAUGAAACAUUUCCACCUCUUCCACCACCUGCCUCUCCAGGGAGACAUGAUGAAGGGGCCCUAGCAAAUGAAGAGGCAGAUGGAAAUGCUCCAUCAGAAAUAAAGGAUUCUUCUGUGACUGCCCAGAAGACAGUUAAAAGGCCAGUGCCUAAACUAGAUGCACAAAGGUUAGUUUCAGAAAGAGGACUUCCAGCCUUACGCCAUUUAUUUGACAAUGUAAAAUUCAAAGGUAAAGGGCAUGAGGUAGAGGACUUAGACACACUUAUGAGACGCAUGGAACACUGGGCUCAUAGAUUGUUUCCAAAACUGCCAUUUGAUGAUUUUAUUGACAAGGUUGAAUCUUUAGGAAAUAAAAAUGAAGUCCAAACCUGCUUAAAACGAAUUAGACUUGAUCUUCCCAUUUUGUCUGAAGACUUUACAAGUAAUGAAGAUGGCAGAGGGGAAAGUAACAGGCUCAAUAUGGUCGGUGAAGAUUUAGACGUUUUUUCUGAAAACGUGAGGGAAGAAUUUGAUUCUCGCUCAAGUAGCACUCUAACGGAGGAGCAGCAACAAAGAAUUGAGAGAAACCGUCAAUUGGCCUUGGAACGCAGACAGGCAAAGAUGCAGUUUACCAGCCUUUCACAACAUAAUGACCAAUCUGCAGGCCACUCAGAUGAAGAGUUUAACAGCACUGGGACUCAGAAUCCUGACAGUCUGAUAAAAUUAGAAGAAACUCUAGCUGCUGAAGCAAGAGUUGCUGAGAGAGAAGCCAUGGACAAAGAUACACAACUGGAACCUGUUGAAGAAGAGAUCCAAUAACUUUUGACAAUAUCUGGGUACAAAUGAUCAA